CAGAGUUAUACUUGCAGUUCAAUUCAAUGUACAGCUUUUGAUGAAAAUGCUAUUCCGCCAGCUUCCCACGGCAAUGAUCGGCGGCGCCGCCACUCUACCCUCGUCGUCUUUCCUUGCCGUGAGGAGUAACCAUAUAUUGUCAAUCCCCCACAAUCAUGCAAAUGUACCCCACUGCAAUUUAAUCAAAAUGGGCCUCUCAUCCCAGAAAUACAUAGCCGUUAAACUACUCGUCAUGUAUUUGGAUUCCAGGAAAACUUUCGAAAUUGAUCGGAUGCUGAAGGAAUUUAAUGGGUUCAAUUUGGUUGUUCAUAACUGUUUGAUAAACGCAAAUCUUCAGUGGGGGAAUGCGUUCGAUGCUUGCCGCCUGUUCGACGAAAUGCCUGAGAGAAAUGAGGUUUCUUGGACUGCACUGAUUUCUGGUUUGCUGAGAAAUGGAAAUGUGGAUAGAGCAAUGCAUUAUUUCGAGAGGAACCCUUUCUCGACUGUUUUCACGUGGACCGCAACGAUUAGCGGGCUUGUCCAAAAUAGCAUGAGUUUUCGAGCAAUGGUGUUGUACAAGAAAAUGCUUCAAUCAGGAGUUUUGCCGAAUCAUAUUACUUUUACUUCUGUCAUAAAGGCUUGUAUCGAGUUAGGCGAUUUUCGAUUAGGAAAUAGUGUAUUGGGGUUGAUUGUUAAGACUAGUUUUGAGGAUAAUUUAUGCGUUUCGAAUUCACUGGUUAAGUUAUUUUUGAGAUUUGGUGAGAUUGAUUCUGCAAGAAAAACAUUUGAUAGGAUGGAGGGAAAGGAUGUGGUUUCUUGGACCACAAUAUUAGACAUGUACGUCGAAAUGGGCGACUUAAGAGAAGCUCGCAGGAUAUUCGAUGAAAUGCCCGAAAGAAACGAAAUCACUUGGAGUGCAAUGAUAUCAAGAUUUAGUCAGAGUGGCAAUGCAGAAGAGGCAGUUAAAUUGUUCCGACAAAUGGUUAUAGAGAAAUUCAAACCGAAUAUAUCGUGCUAUUCUAGUGUAAUAAGUGCGUUAGCCAGUUUGGAGGCUUUGCAAGCUGGAAGAAAUAUUCAUGCUCAUGUUACGAAGAUUGGUAUGGAGAUGAAUGUAUUUGUCGGUAGCUCACUUGUUGACUUUUAUUGCAAAUGUGGGAACACUAAAGAUGGAUUCUUGCUUUUCGAUUCUCUUCCGUAUAAGAAUAUCGUUUGUUGGAAUACUAUGGUUUCUGGUUAUAGUUUGAAUGGACAACUCGCAGAAGCUAUGGAGCUCUUUAAUCGGAUACCUCGUAAAAACAACAUAUCAUGGAACUCGUUGAUUACUGGUCAUUUAUGUGUUGAGAAUUUUAGCGAGGCAUUUGAAGUGUUCAACGAGAUGAUUUUGUGUGGAGAAUUGCCAAAUAAAUCCACGUUUUCGAGUGUUUUAAAAGCUUGUGCAAAUAUGGCCUCGCUAGAGAAGGGUAAAUACGCACACGCAAAAGCUCUAAAACUCGGCUUUCAGCAUGACAUAUUCGUGGGGACUGCGCUAGUGGAUAUGUACGCGAAAUCCGGAAGCGUAGAAAGUUCUAGAAUGAUCUUUCAUAGAAUGCCCAUGAAAAACGAGAUCGUUUGGACAGCUAUGAUUCAAGGGCUGGCUGAAAAUGGAUUCGCAGAGGAAUCAUUGAGCCUAUUUCAAGAAAUGGAAAAAACGUCAUCAAUUGCACCGAACGAGCUUAUUCUUUCAUCGGUUUUAUUCGCUUGCUCUCAUUGUGGUUUAGUAGAUGAAGGGUUGAGUUAUUUCAAUUCGAUGGAAAAAAUUUACGGCGUAAAGCCAAACGAGAGGCAUUAUACGAGCGUCGUGGAUAUGCUUUCUCGGUCGGGGCGGCUUCUUGAGGCGGAAAAGUUUAUGGCGAAUAUGCCCUUUGAGCCGGAGGCGAAUGCGUGGGCGGCUCUAUUGAGUGGUUGUAAAACUUACGGGAAUGAAAGUUUGGGUGAGAAGAUAGCUGAAAAGCUCUUAAAAGUUGCAGAGACGAAAGUUGGAGGGUAUAUUCUUUUGUCGAAUGUUUAUGCCUUAGGAGGGAAGUGGGUCGACGUGAUGAAUACGAGGGAGUUGAUGAAUGAGAGAGGGAUUAAGAAAAAUGGUGGAUGUAGCUGGAUUGAGCUGAGAGAUCGAGUGCAUGUGUUUUAUUCGCAGGAUGAAAAUCGUACUAGAUCGAUGGAGAUUUAUUCGGUUUUGCAACUGUUUAAUUGUGAAAUACAAUCUGCUUUUGCUUGAAACAACUCUGUUGAUUUGUUUGUUACAGUGAUAACUGUAUAUUAAUAUUAUAAAUCUAAUUUUUGAGACUAAUU